AAAAAUGAAUGAACACGCUAAACAAAUUAGACUUCCAAAGAAGGCGGAGAAAGUUAAAAAUAAGACACCAGCUCCAGUUCAAAUCACUGCUGAACAGCUUCUUCGGGAGGCUAAGGAACGCGAAUUAGAGACAGUCCCUCCACCGCCCAAAGUUCGAAUUACCGACCCGGAAGAAUUGGCAGAAUAUCACAGAAAGAAGAGAAAAGAAUUUGAAGAUAAUAUUCGAAAAAAUAAAAUGCAACUUGCAAAUUGGAUUAAAUAUGCAAAAUGGGAGGAAUCGGUUGGUGAAUUACAGCGUUCAAGAUCUAUUUUCGAAAGAGGGUUGGAUAUAGACCACAGAAAUAUUACUGUUUGGUUACAAUAUGCGGAAAUGGAAAUGAGGUUGUAUAAAAUUUAUAACGGGGUGCUGCCUUAUAUUUUGGAAAAUAAAAUUUAUAACGAGAGGUCACAAACGGAGAAUAAGCUAGUACCAUUUUUGUGGGUCACAGAUGGUAGCUCCUUCGACUUGGCUCGUCAAACUGACAAUGAGUCAAACUACUCUAAUUUCGGGUUAGAGGGACUUGAUUGGUGUAGAUUAGGUUGUGACCAAUUGAAGUCUCACUGA